CGGCCGUCAACAACGGGCAGUACGACCUGGGAGCCUUCGUCCCCAACGCUCCCUCCUCCAUGCGCCACCCGCCGCCAAUGGCCAAGGGCAAGACCUUCCUCCAGCACUUCCUCGACACCCUCCCCGAGGUGGACACCACCGCCAACAUCCUGGUGGCCCUCAUCCUCCUCAGCUCCCGCCUCGAUGACACGAGGCUGCUGGGACAAUACCCGGAGGAGCGUUUCACCGAGGCGGAACCUCGCCGGGUCAUCCGGACCUUCCGGGGGGAGCUGGAGGAGAUCCGCGACCUCCUGGAGGAGAGGAACCACGUGGCCACGCUCAGAUACAACUACCUCAACCCGCUGGAGACCGAGAACAGCAUCUCCAUCUGAGCGGGGGGGGCGCUCCCCACUCCCAGCAUCGCCCAGUAUCUCCCAGCAUCCCCCACCCAA